AUGGCAGAGUUCGCCCGCCUGGUCGUCCCGAAGCCGCCGCGCACCUCGACCGAGAGCCAGCAGCAGAAGGAAUCGGUCUACUGGCGCAGCUUCAAGUCCCCCACGUUCCUCAAGUCGUACGCGCCCAUCACCCACGUCCACUUCUCGCCAUCUUCGCCCCAUCGCUAUGUCGUCACGUCCGGGACCCGCCUCCAGAUCUACUCGCCCAAGACCAACCGCGUCGUCAAGACCAUCUCGCGGUUCAAGGAGACGGCGACGAGCGGCGAGAUCCGCACCGACGGCAAGCUCUGCGUCGCAGGAGACGAGGGCGGGACGGUGCAGGUGUUCGACAUCAACAGCCGCGCUAUUCUGAGGACGAUCCGCGCCCACAAGCAGGCCGUGCACACGACCAAGUUCUCGCCCGGCGCAGGGACGCAGAUCCUCACCACCUCUUCCGACACGACCGUUCGCCUCUUCGACCUCUCGACCUCGGCUCCCCUCCGCACCUUCUCCUCCCACACCGACUACGUUCGCGCCGCCUCCUUCGUCCCUUCCUCUCCCUCACUCGUCUUCUCCGGAGGCUACGACUCGACGGUCCGGCUGUGGGACUCGCGCGUCCCCGACAGCGAGGGCAGCGGGUGCGUCUGGGUCGGCCGUCACGGCAAGCCCGUCGACGCCGUCCUCGUCGGCGACCAGGGCACGAUGGCCGUGUCGGCCGGCGGGCCCAUCAUGCGCGUGUGGGACCUCCUCGGCGCUGGGGCGCGCGAGGACGACGUCGAGGAGGACACGGGCACGCAGUACUGCCUCAAGGCGUUGAGCAACCACCAGAAGGCGAUCACGUCGCUGUGCUGGGCCGAGUCGGAGCAGGGCGAGAAGCGGGUGUUGAGCGGCGGGCUCGACGGGCUCGUCAAGGUGUACGACCCGCAGGAGAGUUGGCGCGUGCGGCACACGAUGCGGUACGGCGGGCAGGUCAUGAGCUUGGCGGUCUCGCCCAACAACUCGCACCUCGUCGCCGGCCUCUCGGACGGCUCGCUGUCGAUCCGCACCCGCGCUGGCGUGGGCCGGAAGGCGGGCGUGCCCGUCGAGAAGGUGACGCCCUCGUUCGACGCCAUGCUCGCCGGCAUGGGUCAAGGCGGCGUCGUCUACAGCGGCAAGCAGGCGGGCGAGGGGCUCAAGGCGACGUUCGAGGGCGAGGUCAAGGUGUCCAAGGAGCGGCGGCGCAAGCUCACCGAGUGGGACCGCAUGCUCAAGAGCUUCCGGUACGGCGACGCGCUCGACUCGGUCAUGCGCGGCGACGUGACGCCGGCGACGGCCUUUGCCCUCAUGGACGAGCUCAUCCGCCGCGACGGCCUGCCCAUCGCGCUCGCCAACCGCACCGACCUCACGCUCGAGCCCGUCCUGUCGUUCCUCGUCAAGCACAUCACGCACCCGCGGUACUCGACUCUCGCCGCCGACAUCGCGAGCGUCCUCAUCGACAUCUACACGCCGACCCUCGGCCUCUCGCCCCUCAUCGACACGCUCUUCUCCCGACUGCGGCGCAAGCUCGACGAGGAGCUAGACUUCCAGCGCGAGCUCACGCAGGUCCAGGGCGCCCUCGACAUGGUCUUCUCGAGCAGUGCACCCGUCUCGGUGCGGUAG